AUGAAUUCGGCGCGCGUGCCGUACUUCGACGACGCCUGGCGCCGCGAGCUCGGCGGCACGAACGGCAGCUUCCUCGACGUCGGCUGCGGCGGCGGCCUGCUGACGAACGCGCUCGCGGCGCGGGGCUACAAGUUGACCGCCGUGGACCCGUCGACGAACUCGCUCGUCGCCGCGCGGCAGCAGGCGGCCGAGGAGCUCCCGACGGCGCGGCGGCCGGAGUUCCUCGAGGGCACGUGCUACGCGCUGCCCGCGGCCGACGGCGCGCUGGACGGCGUCGUCAUGUCCGACGUGCUCGAGCACUUCCACGACCUGCGGGCGGCCGUCGGCGAGGUCUACCGCGUGCUCCGCCCCGGCGGCGUCUUCGUCUUCGACACGAUCAACCGCUCGUACUUCUCGUGGUUCGUGCUCAUCGUCCUCCUCGAGAAGAUCGCGGGCGGGAUCCCCGCGGGCACGCACGACUGGCGCCUCUUCAUCACGCCCGACGAGGUCGAGCAACUGCUCAACAGCACGGGCUUCGAGGUCGGGCCCCGGACGGACCUCGUCGGCAUGCGCCCGGAGGACCCGUCGGACACGUCCAAGGGCUUCGUCCAGGACCCGUCCGACGUCUCGGCGACGUACCUCUGGUGGGCGCGCAAGCCCCUGUAG